GGUUCGCUCACGCUCGCAUCGCAGUUGGCCGCCGCAGAGUUCAGGUUGCUGGACUGCUCACCCAAACCUGCUGGAGUUCUAAUCCGCUCGCUCUCCGCGCGCGGCCUACUAUAGAGAGGAGGUUUUUGUUUUUGUUGUUUUGUUUUCCGAAACCCGCGGGGGUUGCCGUUUUCGUCGUCGUCGUCGAUCUAGAGACAUACAGGUUCGGCAAGUUGACUCGCUGGAGAUAACGCAUUCCGUUCCGAGAGACCUCCAGGCGCUGCUGCUGCUGUGAAGAACUGGAACUCGGAGAAGAGAAUCCGGCGUAGAUCGGUAGUGUGUGGUAGUUGUGGUGAUCAGUUCUUUUUUGGGGUUGCACGAGACUUGAAUGCACGACACGUUUUGCAGCACCACAGUAGCCUGCUAGAUCGUGCUGAACGGGUUGUGUCAAGAGUGUCGUAGAGUAUCCAAGAGUGCGGCGUGAAGAUGUCCUAUCAGUGCAAGAACUGUGAGCGUGAAAAGGAUCAGAACAACAAUUACGUGAACGCGACGUACUCGGCGAACGUGCACGGAACCCGCGGGAACCGGAACGCUUCGGCACGGAUCGCUGGCAGCGAUAGCCAGCGAAUAACCCGGAACUCGGCAGCAAUUGCCAACGCCAACAACGAGUCCGGAACGGGUGGUGGCGUGGGAACCGGUUCGAUCGGCGGCGGAACCACCGGGACCACCCAGGUGACGGCCAAAGUAAUGUGGGGUUCGGUCGGGGCGAUCAAAGAACUCCGAGAGAAGGAACAGGCCGAACGGAAUCAGGUCACCAGGGCCGGACGUCGGCAGUGACGAGCGCGGCGUUUGGAGAGAAGCCGGAUCGGAACACGAAGCACGAAGGAAGAAGAAGAAGAGAGAAGAGUGAUUUUUUUUUGUUUGAGUGUUUGUUUCGUCGUCCGGUUGUUGCUGCACACGUCAGAAC